AUGGUUUCGCUGUCCGCGCGGCCAGCUUCAUGGCGAUGGCUGGCCGUUACCGUGGCUUCACUCUGGCCUACCCUCGCCGUUGCUGAGCAAUCGAAAACCACGGCAGACUACUAUGUUCACGAUCUUCCAGGGCUGCCGCAGAAUGCGCCGGCCGUGAAGAUGCACGCUGGCCACAUCGAAAUCACCCCCGAGCACAACGGAAACCUGUUCUUCUGGCACUUCCAGAAUCAGCACAUUGCGAACCGCCAGCGAACCGUAGUGUGGCUCAACGGCGGGCCAGGAUGCAGCUCGGAGGAUGGCGCAAUGAUGGAGAUUGGACCGUAUAGAGUCAAGGACGUAAACACUCUGGUUCCCAACAAUGGCUCCUGGCACGAGUUUGCCAAUCUGCUCUUCGUCGAUAACCCGGUCGGCGCUGGCUUCAGCUAUGUCGAUACCGACAGCUACCUCCGUGAACUAAACGAAAUGGCAGACCAGUUUGUCAUCUUUUUGGAAAAGUUCUUUACUCUCUUCCCCGAGUACGAGCAUGACGAUCUGUAUUUUGCCGGAGAGUCAUACGCUGGGCAGUACAUUCCCUAUAUUGCCAAGGCAAUCGUGGAUCGGAACAAGAAGUUAUCGGAGCAAAAGAAGGACAAGGACACUUGGAACCUGAAGGGAUUGCUCAUCGGCAAUGGCUGGAUCUCCCCGAGAGAGCAAUACGACAGUUAUCUUCCGUUUGCAUUCGAAAAGGGCCUUCUCACGAAAGAUGGGGAUGUCGCCAAGAAACUGCAAUCCAGCACUCGAAUAUGCCAGAACAAGCAAGGCAGCGAUCCGGGCCAUGUCGACUACGGCGAGUGUGAGAGUAUCCUCAGCUCAAUACUAGACAUGACCAGAAAAGGCAAUGGAAACGAUGCCUGUUGGAACAUGUAUGAUGUCCGUCUUAGAGAUUCGUUCCCGAGCUGCGGAAUGAACUGGCCGCCGGACUUGGCCGCCGUCACCCCGUAUCUGAGAAGACAAGACGUUGUAAAGGCGCUUCACAUCAAUCCCGCCAACGCUGGCAAUGGCUGGCAAGAGUGCAGUGGAGCAGUGAGUUCUACUUUCAAGGCGAGAACGUCUGUUCCUUCGGUCGAAUUGCUCCCCGAUCUCUUGACAGAGAUUCCUAUUCUGCUAUUCUCAGGAGCGGAGGACCUUAUUUGCAACCACAUUGGCACAGAGAACAUGAUCGACAACAUGGAAUGGAACGGAGGAAAGGGUUUCGAAAUAACACCUGGAAACUGGGCUCCUCGUCGAAAGUGGACCUUUGAAGGUGAAGUCGCUGGUUUCUGGCAGGAAGCCCGCAACCUCACCUACGUCUUGUUCUAUAACUCAUCCCACAUGGUGCCUUUUGACUAUCCCCGCCGCACUCGCGACAUGUUGGACAGGUUUAUGGGAGUCGAUAUCAGCAGCAUUGGCGGCGAGCCAACCGACAGCCGCAUCGACGGUGAAAAGGGCAUCGAGACGACGGUCGGCGGCGCUUCCAACAACACCCACGCCCACGAAGAAGAGACGCACCAGAAAAUCGACGACGCCAAGUGGGCAGCCUAUCAGAGAUCCGGCGAAAUCGUCCUGGUCAUCGUCAUCGUCGCGGCCGGGGCUUGGGGAUACUUUAUCUGGCGCCAGCGCAGAGCUCGUGCCGCCUAUAGGGCACUCAGCGGCAGCGACCCUUCAAGCCGAAAUGGCUCUCGUCUCAACUUUUCUUCUCGUAGACGGCAUGCGGACGUCGAGGCGGCGGAUUUCGAUGAGACUACUUUGGACGAUUUGCAUGUGGAAACACCGACUGCCUCGGAGAGCAAGUACACUGUGGGAGGGGAUGACGAGAGUGACGAUGGCUUGUCAGAAGCGGAGCAGAAGAGGAGGAAGGCCAACCAGGGAGGGUCAAGUUAG